GAUUAGAGGUAAUUUCCUGUAUGAUAUAACCAUGAUUACAGCAACCAGAAAAAGCAAACAAAUAACCAUAUCUGAUGGCAUUAUUUCCACCGGAUUAUUCAACAGAUUCCAAAUGAUACUAUUGAUCUUGUUUAUGCUAUCUAGCUGUUUGACAGGGAUCAUGACCAAUCAGUUUCAUAGCCUUUCAGUCAUGCAAGCAGUGGAUUGCCUCAGCAGUAACUGUGAACUGGUUUUAUCAUCAAACUCGAAAAAGAGUCUAGAAAAAAUAUGUGAGAUGAAGAAAGAUGAGUGGGAGUUUAGUGAAACCAAAUCAAACUGGCUGACUGAUUUUAGUUUGAUCUGUGAUAAAAAUUAUCUCAUCGACUUGGAAACUUCAGUCUAUUUUUUAGGUUUCUUUGUAUCUGCUUUAUUAAUUGGUUAUUCUUGUGACAGAUAUGGACGUUGCCUGAUUUCAAUAUGUUGCUUUGUAACUUUUCUUGGGUUGUUGCUCAUGCUAAAAUAUGCUGUGCAAUUAGACAAAAUAUUUUUGCUCAGAUUAAUUGCUGGGGGUAUGCAUUCAUGCCUUUCUGUUUCUCUUCUAGUGACUUUGGCAGAAUUCAAUACACAGAAAAACUUGUGGAUCUGUAGCAUUUUGGGAUCAAUAGCCUUCAGCAUUGGUAAAACAAUAGUCAGUUAUAUGGCCUAUGAUGAUGAUCAAUGGCAAAAUACCUUUGAUGUUCCAAUCUGCAUAGUGAUUGCUGCUUUGGCCUUGUGCUAUGUUGUGAUGCCAGAGACCCCAUUUUGGUUUUAUGCUAAUGGAAAAGAACUACAGGCAUUAGUUUCUUUAAAUGAAGUUGCUAUAGUAAACAGGUCGCUAUUGUUGAAAGAUGUUUCAUUAGUUAACCAUCACCGGGUUAAAGAGGAUCAUUACGCAACAGCCACUAUUUCUGUGACACUUAAAAUCUUGUUUAUGAGGCUCCCUCUCUUGUGCUUAGCUCUUUGCUGGUUCACAGCUUUCAGUUGCUACUUUAUAUUAGACAACGAUAUCAAGUUUAUGGUAGAUAGUAAUGAGUACUUUGAAAUGAUGGUGGUAGGAAUAAGUGAGGUUCCACUACAAGUUGUGAUGUUUUUUACAGUACAGAAUUUAGGAAGGAAAAAAGCAGCAUCAAUUUUUUUUGCCUUGCUUGCAAUAGUUAUGUCCUUUGGCUGUGUCCCUACUUCUAUAUUGGACAAUACCUUAUCUCUAGGAACCGUAUCCACUAAAGCAGUUGUUCUGACAAUAGCUAAGAGCUGUGCAGGUAGUCUACUUCCUCUACUUACUGUGUACACAUGUGAACUGUUACCCACCUUAUCAAGAUGCUCUGGUCUGUCUCUGUGCCUCAUGGCAGGAUCAUCCAGCUCUCUUCUAUUUCCUUUCAUUGCCACACUCGACACCAUCAUGUCGACAUCACACCAAAUACUCUUAGUUUUACUGGCUGUUGGUUCAGUUGUGGUAGUGCAGCGGGUCCCUGACACUAGGAACAAUCCCCUUCCUAAUAACCUGACAGAGUGUGAGACUUUGUUUUCUAAAAGAGAUUAUAAUCUUACUGAUGAGCUGGAGAUGGAAACUCUUCUUACGUACAAUUCAGAUGAUGACUGAUUUAGAUUUGAGACUCUGCUGUAAAUCAUCAUUCUUGAUCUUUGACUUAUCUAAAGAGCUAAGUAUUUAAUUUUAUUUGAUUUUUCACUUAUUUGAUUGUUAUGUUAACACUGUUGUAAAAUAUUAUUUGACCAAAUGUUUAUUUUAUGCUGUAUAGGAUUAAUCAUUUUAAUUUACCGGAUGCAUGCCACGAUUAUUGGAUAAGUAGUAAUAUUAUUUUAAAUUGAACUUUUUGUUACUUUUCAUUUCCCUUCUGACUCCAGAGAAAUGUUUUACUGUAUAUGAUUCAACUUGCUACGUUUUUGAAUUCCUUGAUGUUCAUGUAUAAUAUAUAAUGUGUUAACAUUGUUUU